CAUUUAGUGUCAAUGAUCCAUACUUAUUGCGAUGUAGAUCAUUCAAAACAAGCAUUUAUUUUAUUUAAAAAAAAUCUUGCAGUAAAUAAAAAAUUAUCGCCGUAGCAAAGCUUUGCGCCAGAUCACACGACAUGCAUGCGAAAUCUGGCCUAGCUAGCUAGCUAGCCACAGUGAUUGUAGUGGAGGGAGGGAGGAGGUUGUCAGGGCUCGUAUCAACGGAGUUAGCUAGCUAACUAGAGUAAGGGGCAAAUGAUAGCUGGCUAGAUAUUAAUUAACAAGGGUUCGUAUCUGGCGACAGAAAUGUGCAGGUAAGUUACAGUCAACAAAUAUGAUGACGUGUAGCUAGCCAGCUUUACAAUGUUAGGCGGAUGGCCACAUCAAGCUCGCUACUGCUAACUAGACAACUAAGUUAUUUACCUGGCUAGCUAACGUUACAGAUCUUUGCUAACUAUUUACUAAGAUCCAUGCAUCUGCAGUUGUAAUAAGUGUACAUGAAGUUGCAUACUGCGAGCUUUUGCAAAUGGGUACCCACAGUUCCAGAAGAACUGUACCUCGCAACAACAAAAAAUACAGGUGUGUGUGAGUGAGUCGGAUGUAUCUACAUUUUCUCAACAUGACACUGACAGUAUUUCCGUUUAUUUGCAGUAUCAGCAUGGCAGACAAAAAUGUCAAGAAAGGGAAACCAGUAGGUGUUAAGAGAACAUUGACCAAGAGAGAACAAGAAGAUCUGAAGAAAAAGGAAGAAGAAAAAGCAGCUGAAGUUUUUGAAGAGUUCUUAGCAUCUUUUGACAGUAACGACAAAAGUGGGGUGAAAACGUUUGUUCGUGGGGGGAUCGUGAAUGCAACUAAAGAAGAGGAAGCAGCAGAAGUCAAAAAGAGCAAGCUUUACCGACCGAACACCAAGUUUACUUCAGUGUCCCAGAAUGUCUCACCAGCACACUCUUCUGAAAUCAGAAGGCCUAUUGUUAAAAAGAAGACGGAGGAGAAGAAGAAGAGCAACCUUGAACUUUUUAAAGAGGAGCUAAAGCAAAUACAGGAGGAACGUGAAGAAAGGUACAAAAAUAAGAAAAAUGAGCCUGGAGGAGGAUAUGGAGACUUGGACAUACCAUUAACACGACGAUCAAUAUUUGAUGAUGACCCAGCAACACCGAACACAACCAACCUGUAUAUUGGCUGCAUUAACCCAAAGAUGAAUGAAGAAAUGCUUUGCAAAGAGUUUGGCAAGUAUGGUCCCCUGGCAAGCGUGAAGAUCAUGUGGCCCCGUAGUGAUGAGGAACGUACCAGGGUCACAAACAGAGGCUUUGUGGCCUUUAUGACCAGGAAAGAUGCAGAGAGGGCCUUGGCUGCUCUAGACGGUAAAAUGGUUAUGGGUUUUGAAAUGAAGCUGGGAUGGGGGAAAGCUGUUCGCAUCCCUCCCCAGCCUCUCUAUACACCCAUAGGGGUACUGAAAAUCUCCACCCCCCCACCCCCCUCUGGCCUGCCCUUCAAUGCUCAGCCCCGAGACCGCUUCCGCAAUGACUUUACCAAGCCAUGGGGCAGGUCCAAGGAGGAGUUUGACAAGACUCUGUCCGAAGCCGUAGUCAAAGUGGUUAUCCCAACAGAAAGAAAUCUGUUAGGCCUCAUCCACAGGAUGAUAGAGUUUGUGGUGCGUGAGGGACCCAUGUUUGAAGCCAUCAUUAUGAGCAAAGAGAAGAACAACCCUGACUUCAGGUUCCUGUUUGACAACAAAAGCCAAGAGCAGGUGUACUACCGCUGGAAACUCUACUCCAUUCUCCAGGGCGAGCCCCCCAGUGAGUGGAGAACGGCAGACUUCCGGAUGUUCCGUGGGGGCUCCAUCUGGAGGCCGCCCCUCCUGAACCCCUACCUCCAUGGAGAUGAGGAGGCGGGAGAGGAGGACGAGUCUCCCUCUCAGGAGGAGGAGCUUAAAAAGGGCCAGCUCAAGACCGAGCACAGAGAGAGACUGGAGACACUGCUCAGAGGGCUCACCCCUCGUAGGGAGGACGUUGGUGAUGCUAUGCUGUUCUGUCUGGAGAGAGCAGAAGCAGCGGAGGAGGUGGUGGGGUGCAUCGCAGAGUCCCUCUCUCUCCUUCAGACACCCCUACAGAAAAAGAUUGCCAGACUGUACCUGGUAUCUGACAUCUUGUACAACUCCUGUGCCAAAGUUGCCAAUGCAUCUUAUUAUCGCAAAUAUUUUGAAGCAAAAUUGCCUCAGAUAUUUGGUGACAUUAGUGAUGCAUAUCGAAACAUACAAGCAAGACUACAAGCUGAACAAUUCAAGCAAAAGAUAAUGGGCUGUUUCAGGGCCUGGGAAGACUGGGCCAUAUACCCAGAGCCCUACCUGAUCCAGCUGCAGAAUAUCUUUCUGGGUCUGGUCAAGGCAGGAGAGGAGGUGAUCGAGAGGGUAGAGAUGGUGUCUCCAGACCUGGAUGGAGCCCCAUUGGACGGGGCACCGUUGGACGGGGCACCGUUAGACGGAGCUCCGCUGGACGAUCUCGACGGCUCGCCCCUGGCCUGGGACCCUGCCUCCCUGGAUGGGGUGCCUGUUGAUGACAUUGACGGAGUUCCCCUGGGCGCUCCCAUGGAUGACAUCGACGGAAUGCCUUUGGAUGACCUGGCACACUCCAGAGUGGCUCUGUCUAAAUGGGAGAGGGUGGACGAUGCUGAAGCUCUCCCACAAGCUAACACUGAAUCCAAAUGGGACACUGUGGGAGAGCAAUACUCUGGGAACAACUUGAAUGUAAGCGCUAACACUAAGGAAGGAGAUGGGGAGUCAGAGGGUGACAGCAGCGAUGAUGACAGCCCAUCUAAGUACGACAGUGCUGACUUCAAGAGCUCCCUCAGUAGUUUUGAGAUGUCCGAGAGCAAGCGGAGCAGGCUGAGAGAGUUGGAGGUGAAGGUGAUGAAGUUCCAGGAUGAGCUGGAGACUGGGAAGAGGUCCAGGAAGUCAAGGAUGAACAUGCAGAAACAGGUAGAGCACUACAGGAACAAGCUGCUACAAAAGGAGUUUGAUAAGGAUGACCAGGAGAAGAAAGAGAGAUCCACGCCAAAGUCAAAAGACAGAUCAAAGAAAGAGGAGAGGAGAGACAAGACAGAGGAGAGGAGAGACAAGACAGAGGAGAGGAGAGACAAGACAGAGGAGAGGAGAGACAAGACAGAGGAGAGCAGUAAAGGACGGGGCAAGGAGAAGAGUAAAAGGAGUGAAGAUCGGGACAGGAGCAGAGACAGGGGCCGUAGUAGAGACACAGAGGAGCGGACACAGAAAUACAGAGGAAAUUCUCCCUCAAAAACAAAGUCAAAGUCUCCCAAGAAGUCCAAGCGGUCCCGGUCGCCCUCGCCAGCCAGGAAGACGUGGAGGAGGUCUAGCUCCCGGUCGCCACACCGCUCCCACAAAAAGACAAAGAAGAGCAAACACUGAUCCUGAGGCCUGGACCCCAUGCCUCUCCCCCUGAAGUGGCAAGGCGGCUCCCAUGGACUGCCCUGCUCCGCCAGUGCGUACCAUGACAGAGCACCACUACGCGCUUCUUUCCCCACAAUGCCUCUGAACUGUCUCUGCAGACCAACUGACAGCUGUUUGUUCCCCUCCGUACCAAUGUCAAGAUUUGGCAAAUUUUUGUAAGAUGACGUUUGAACAUUAAUUUGUACAGUUCUUUGUUUUGCUAUUUGUUUUUAAACCCCAUUCAGAUUGCGACUAGUCCCUGAGACGUCACAAUAAAUCACUAUUGGCAAUGUG